CAAAUGUGUUCGCUUGUACAUGUUUUGCCCGCUGCAGAAGGGCGGAAUGAUCACUUCCCCCGUUCUCAUCCAAUCACUUCUGCCGCUCUUGCUCUCAAUCCUCUCGCUGCCCCCCGCGUCCUCCUGGGCGGCAUCCGACUGUCUUCUCCUGCUCGACUGUUCCCGACCGCGGACAUGGAUCCCAGCAACAACGCCGCCAGUGGGUCCAUCAAGAAGCAAGAUGACACCGAGGGGAUCGACUCUAAGGGCAUUGGCAAGGCCGAUUCCAAGCCCUCAGUCAGGACUCUCAAUCGAGUUCCCCGAGCAUGCAACGCGUGUCGCAAGCAGAAGAUGAGGUGCGAGGGGGCGGAAAAUCCUCCAUGUCGACGAUGCAGACACGCCGGUUUGGAAUGUCUGUUUGAAAAACCUACGAGGGAGGCCAGCCUCACCGGCGAAGCUGGAUUAGAACGCAUUCGCAGCCUCGAGGCGCACGUUGCAGAUAUCCGUCAGACGCAGACAGCUAUUCAAAAUACCUUGCUAGAGAUCGUCGGUCACCUUCGCGGAGGAGGACCGUUGCAUUCUCGGUCGCCGUCUGCUUUUCCUGCCUUCGCGAAUCACUCUCCAAGCGCUCUCUCCCUUGGCUCUCCGGCCGCGUCUACACCCUCCGCUACCAUGGCCCACCCGCCUCACCUCAUGGUGGACACUAGCCAUGGCGGGCAAUCUUCCACCCCGAAUGGUACGAUGCCGCAGCCUCACGGGCCAAUGUCUGCCGCCGCUAUGCAUGCCACUCGCCAGCAUCGGGACCAACUCGUUGGCGCAUACAGAAGCCCUUCUUUAAGCGCGACAGGGCACCAUGCAGCGGGUCCGACGGAUAUCCCUACAACACAUGUUCCGACGGCAAACAUGAUGUAUCCCCCCCUUCCUCCAGGCAGCGCUUCUGGAAGCCGCGGAGGUCCAUCGCCCUCUACGACAUUGCCACCGUUCUCAGCUAUUGAUUCGAUGGGUCCGCCGAGAACUCAGCCAACAAACGUGUCCUCCAUGCGGUUCAACCCAGUUGAGAAUCCCCAGUCUUCUCGUCAAUACCCGAGGCAGCCAAACGGCCAGGACAGUUCAUUGGGGCCCAAGAGAGCCGCCCCGCCGGUUUCCAAUGCCACUAGCGCAAACUCAUCUGACGUCGAGGAGGAGGAUGGUGAGCUGCCUGCGUCCGGUCUUGUAGCGCCGUGGGAGGUUCUGCGAGGGUUGGCUGACGUUGCUAUUGAGCGGGCGGCCAAGGAAAAUGGUGAAGCGAGUGGACCUCCCAGUCGUGCAAGGACGGUUUCUCCAGAUCCUCGUCAGCCUCGGCCGGUGAAGCGGAGAAAGAUGAGCCACAAGCAAGCACGGUUCAUGACGUUCCCGGAUGUCGUCACUAAAACAUUUUUGGCCGAGUCUGAAGCACGCGAGCUUUUUCGAAUAUUCUAUCACGGCUGCUCAACGUUCUUACCCAUAUUCGACGCAAACGUGGAUACCUAUGAUGCCCUCCACGAACGAUCCCCCUUCGCUGUCGACUGUAUAUGUAUGGUUGCUGCCCAAGUUAGGGACGGAGGAGGAAAACCAAGCGAAGCAUUUUUGAAGUGUCAAGAGGAGGUGCAGACCAUCUCCUGUGCUACCUUGUUUUCGCCUGUUACGCGGCAGGAAGCUGUGCAAGCAAUGAUUCUUGUGUCGGGAUGGUCUGAUAACGGCUGGUUAAGUGGAGGUCAUGCUGUACGGAUGGCCAUGGAGUUGUCGAUGCACAAAGCCUGGCCGGAGUUGCUGAAGCGGAUGAAAGCGAACAAGGCUUCCACCUCAAGUAAAGAUCGAGAGUUGGUGAUCGGUGCGCGGACAUGGUUCUGUCUAUAUCUUUUUGAGCACCAAAUGUCAUACGGCACGGGCCGGCCUUCCAUUUUGAAGGACGAUGAGAGCAUUUGGCAAUGCAGGCUGUUGUUGCAACACCCUCUUGCUAUCGAGGAUGACAUGCGACUCGUGUCGACCGUCGAGCUGAUGGCUAUCCGGGAGAGGGUCAAUAACAACCUGUCCCCCCUCUUUGACAAGCCUGUCGAUGACAUCACAUUCAACGUCCUCCGUGAAGCGGACAUGGAGUUCCGCAACUGGUACGCGACGUGGGAUCAGGCUUUUUCGCAGAAAUACGAAGAUGCUGCGUUCUAUCGGCAAAGUCUGCAGAUACAGCACCUACAUGCCGAGUUGUAUCAUAAUGCGACAGCAUUGAGAGGUGUCGACGGUCCGGAUAAUGUGCAGAGAAUGCCCGCGGCUCAACGCGAACUGGCCAUUAGAUCGAUACAGAUUGGGCGACAGAUCCUCGACAUCACGGUGAACUCGCCAGCAUAUAGAGAGGGGAUGAAGUACGCUGUCCAUUAUACGCAUGCAACGGCCACGUUCUGCGCUUCGUUCUUGCUGCGACUAGCACGUCUGUUCCCUGACCAGUGUAACAUGGAAGAGGUGCGGAUCAUGGUAGAGAAUUUGGCCGCUCUUCUGGCAGAAGUUCCUGGAAAACGAUACGCGCUGACUCUUCAACUAAUGUUGAAGCGUUUUCGAAAACGAUCGGCUUCUAUUUCUCGUUCACCGCGGACAGCCCGACAACGCUCUAUGAGCAACGCCAGUUACGUUGCUGAUCCAGUGAAUCAUCAGAUCAGUCAACAGCCAGUAUCGCCAAGCUACGAUGCAUCAUUCCCUCAGGACGCGGUGAACCAUAUGCCGAUGAGCUUCUCCCAGCCCAUGGCGCAAUAUACCACGAACAUAGAUCAGAUCUGGCGCGGCUUUGAUAGCACCGCGAACGAGCAAUUGCCCGUAUGGCUCUCGGACCAGACCCUUGGCGGGGGGUCCGUCAUGCAAAAUGGGAUGGACGCUUUCCUCUUACCAACGGACUAUCUGCCCCCUGUUCCGCAGAUUUGGUGAUAUCUUCUCUGUAUUGCUACUUAUCUUUGUCUUCAUUUGUUGUCCGUGCAUCCCGUUGUUUGCUGAUACUUGGAUCGCGAGUAAACGGCAGUUACAUUACACCUUUACUCGCAUUCUUUCGGCGCGAUGGAUGCAGUCUGGUGCUUGGAUAUGCCCUCUCAUCUUACAUGUUGUAUCUUUACCUGUUUCGAAAGUAGCGUAGGUACAAUAUACAACGUUAAGUGCUCCCGC